GUAACAUUUAGUGUCUAUAAAGUUCACGCCCGGACUCACUGAAAAGGUCAAGCAAUCUCAGAGAUAAGUCAAAAUUCAGUGAACUGCUGAGAAUCAACUAUUCACUCAAAAACACCUUAUUAUCCGAGCACCAAUUAUCGAUGAUGAUUAUUUUUAAUAUAGGAUUAGUUAAGGAACUAAUCCUCUAUUUUUUUUAAUCUGCGUUUUUCUUUUGUUUUUACAGAAAACUGAAAAUCUGAGAUGGAAACCAAACCAGCCUUGUCCACUGCUAAAGGUGGUAGGAUAUAUGUGGAAAGUGAAAUUAGGGAUUUCUUUUCUCUGUUAGAUGUUCUCUAUGCAGACCAGUUUGAAGGAGAUGAUCCAACAUUUACAGAGAAAAGGAGAAAAGAAGAGGAAAACUUUUACAGGGGCGCCCCACCAAACUGGCUGAACUUUCACAGUAACGAGCGGGAAGCAUCAUCUGGCACUGGAACGCUGUUCAUCAAACGGGAUGGAUUUGAAAAACUCAAGGAGGAAAUUCAAGCGAAAAGAAAACUCCCUGCGAUAUCCACUGUUAAACUGUUCCACCAGCCAGGAAGCGGAGGGACUACAAUGGCGAUGCAGGCGUUGUGGGACUUGAAGAAAACCUUCCGCUGUGCGGUUCUUGCAAACUCGAUCUCAGACACCACAAAAGUGGCGCAGGAAGUGGUCCAUCUUUUUACAGCAGGCGGUCGGGGUCACCAGAACACAGUACUGCUGUUACUAAAUGAUGAGCAGAUCCUUGACAACCUCCAAGAAAACAUUAUGAUGUCUAUCAAGGAGCAGAACAUAGUCACCGUCAUGCCUGUGGCAGUUUUACUAAGCUGUGUGAGAAAAGAUACCCUGUUACAAAAUGAAAAUGUUUUCCUACAAAGACACCUGACAGAGAACGAACAGCGGAAAUUCAAUGAAAAGAAGAAGGAGCUCAAUGAAAAGUAUGGCGAAAAGAUCCUACGGUUCCAUGGCUUCAACAUAAUGCAGACUAAUUUCUCAGAAGAAUACAUCAACGAAGCCUGCCAGAUAAUCAGAUCUUGUUCAAAAGCACAUAGACCCUUGAGGGCCCAGCUAGCUGCUUUUCUAUCCUUACUGAACGCCUAUGUACCAGGUUCCUAUCUGCUGGAAUCUCAGUGCCUUGACUUCCUCUGUGAGGAAAGCUGCGCUUUUGCACACAUAUCAGUGGAAGACCAAAUGCACCAGUUUAGUGACCUCAUUGUCACCUUCCAAGAAGAUGAAAGAACAGAGAGAAAGGUCAGCAUGGCUCACCCACUGAUAGCAAAGCGUUGUACCGAACUCCUGGCUACCAAAGGAGUGACCAGAAGUGACACAGCAAGAAACUUCCUGAAUUAUUACUACAGAUACGAGGACCACGGGACGUUCCCACUAUGUUUGCUUCGUUUCGUUAAAGACAUGUUGACCAAAAGAGAAUUUAAAAUAAAACUCGACCCAAAAAGCGGCUUAGAGGUUAAGGGGGAACAAGAGAGAUUUUCAAAACUCAUUCUGGAUAUCCAACAACAAGAGCUCAAGGCCCAGAGCGUGUCCGUCUUAAAGGUGGCAUCAAAUAAAUUUCCUCAAGAUCCCUUUUUUCCUCAAGCUCUUGCUCGUUUCUACUACAUAGAGCUAAAAUCGUACAAUCCAGCAGAAAUGUGGGCAAAAAGAGCAAAGCAAAGAGAUCCCCAAAAUUCCUUCAUCGCUGAUACUUUGGGUCAGGUCCACAAGAACCGCCUCAAGAGCACGGGAGAAACUUCCAACGCAAGACAAGUCUUGCAGAAAGCCAAAAAAGCUAUUGAGGCUUUCAAGCAUGAAGAACAACUUGCGGAAGAAGGACAUCAGAUGGACACCUCUGGCGAUAACGCAGUUAGAUUCUCAAAUCUGUUCAACUGCAGAGGGCAGUUUGGGUUUAUACAGGUCUGCCACCUUCUCUAUGACUUGCUUGUGAAGAAAAACGAAACCUGGAAAGCAGUUCUUACAAAGAAGGUGUCCUUUGGCUCCAUCCUGAAAGAACUUGGCGACAACAAACUUUACAGAUUCAAUGAGCUGGUAAGCAACCUUAAAGGAGACGUUCAGAAAAAAGCUGAGUUUUUUGCGGCAUACCUGACCUUCUCAAAGCUCAGUAUAGAGAGAGAUGACCCUGAAUACAUUUCGGAAGAAACCUAUGAAUGUCAAAAGAAGUUUGGUGGUGACUCACCAUCUACAGAAGGCAACCUAGCCAUUCCUCAGUGUAAGCAUGAGCUUCAGCAUCACCUGGCAACAACAUUCGCAGGAGUGCUUGCAUGCAUGGACAGAGAGUACUCUGUAGAUCUACUCCAGCGUAUAACCGAAUGUUGGAAAAAAAUAUGGUCAAAGACAAAGUCCAAAUCAGAUGUAGCCAACUUCAUUCUGGCUUACGUCUUGUCCCGGAACCUCGGAGCAACCUUUCCCAAUUCUCCUGAAGCUUUAAUUCAAAGUUUCAAACAGGGAAUCCCCCCGGAUCACAGUGAUCCUCCUGAGCAGCACCUGCUGGCCUUACUCUUGUCCUGGCCCACAGACACUGAAGAUAAUGGUAGCUUUGACCUGAGCCAGAGAAUUCAGGAAAUGGGCCGCUCAUAUGAAAACGCAUACCUGAAGUACUUUAGAUCGAGAUACCUCCAACCUCUGUUUUUCAUCGGAAAAGGACAAGAUCUGGACAGACUUGUUCACAGAACCGUUCUCGAGCAGCUGUUCUUAGACCACAGCCACGGAACGGAUCCAGACUGCAAAAUGAAAGACUGGAAAAAUGAGUACAUAUUCAAAGAUGACAACGUCAAAGAACGUCUGAUCAAGUUUGAAGGGGUAGUGAAGAACUACGGAGUGUUCCUUCGUAUUGCUAACAAAGAGAUUAAAAUUGAAGCCAAUCUACAAAGAAGUCUCUGGAAAGCACGGAACGUUUCCUUCUUCCUUGGAUUCACCAUCAGAGGUCCAGUGGCCUUUCACAUCCAGACUAAGGUAGAAAGAGUUCCUGAGCUCAGAGACUUGGAAGGUUGAGACCCAGUAGAACCAGUCUGAAGGCCCAUCAGCGCCACCCAGAGACAUUUGUUUUCUCUGAAAUCUACUGGUUUUUUUUAUUUUUUAUUUGUUUUUCUUUUAUUCAUAAAUCAGUUUUCCAUGUUACACCAGUCUUGUUUUUGGUGAUGGUAGUUGGGAUUAGUGGGUUUGUUUGGGUUAAUCAGAGGGACCUGAAUGCAAACGGACAUGAACACUAGAAGAAGUUGUGUUUUCUAUCAAUCAUUUUAUAUUAUGUUGACUUUAAGUCUACAAGUAAUGUGUGUGUGAUUAAACAUAUUAAAGUUAAAGGGAAAUGUAGGGAAAUAAAUGUAACAAUGUUUGAGAUGUUAAAAAAAAAUAAAUAAAAAACAUG